CGGGGUAGGAGGAGUACGACGAUAGCGAGGACGAGAGGAGGGCGGCCGAUGGGGGAGGUGAUGAUAGUGACAGCGGUUCACAAGACAUGGAGGCGCGGCAAGAGGCAGAGCGCGCCAGGGGUAAGAUGAGGGGGGACAAGGCCGUUGACGAGGACAGCACCCCGGACGAGCAUGACGACGGCGGCAAUGACGGCGACGAUGAGGGCGCAGACAUUGGGGCGUCUCUUGAUGGGGGUCUGAUGGCGGCUGGCCGUCGAGGCCAAGAGGGGGCUGCCAAAGCGAUGAAGGAGGUCGCGCAAUCGAAGAACAGAAAGAGGAAGGCAACGACACCAGCUCCUCCUCUGCCGAAGAAGGGCAAAGUCCUUCGACAAACAUCCAUGAUGGAGACCUUCGAUCCGGUGUGGCAACGAGAGUUUUCGAACAAGUUCCUGCAAUGGUGGUACAUGUGCGGCAUUCCAUUCGAGGCGGCGAGGAGGCCGGAGUACCAGCGAGUGAGGAAGCGGUUGCUCGAGUGUCCGCCGUAUACACAUCCUGCGUUGCCCACGCACCGUGUUAUUUCCGGCGACGGCAUCCCAAAGCAGCAGCGAGUUGUGGCGGAGAUGGUGGCGGCCGUUCGCAAGGACAUUGCGGCGACGGGAGCGACCAUUCUCAUCCAUGGUCGCAAGUCCAUCACUAGCGACCAGAUAGUCAACUUCCUUGCUGCUGGCCCAACAGGAGCCUACCUUUUCAGGAUUGUGCAGUGUGACGGUGCUGUUCAGGAGACAACCGAGGUCAUGGUAGAGCGAUGGAAGGACGUGUUCGACAAGUUCGGUGUCGAAAACGUCAAUGCCAUUUGCACGGAUUCCGCAUUCGCGUAUGUGGCUGCAUCCAAGCUCCUCGCGAAGGAGGAAGUCAAGUACAGUCGCAUUACUUGGCUUCCGUGUGCGGUCCAUGUCUGCAACUUGUUGUUGUUAGACAUUGCGAAGAACGGCACCCCCGAGAAGCUUGGGAAGAGGGAGGACACCAUCAUCAGGGCUCGAGCAGUCGUGCGUUUCAUCAGAGAGCAUGGGGUAGCUCUCAGCCUUUACCGACGUUUCUCUGCCGCCCACCCCUCUUCCGCCUCCGCAGUUGCGGCCAGUUCCAACGCUGCUCCACCCUCGUCUCAGCUGCGAGGCAGAGAGCUUGUGUACCCCGCACAAACGAGGUUUGCUACGCACUACUUGAUGCUGGAGAGGUUGUUGGAUCGUCGCCGAGCGUUGGAGUCGUUGAUAAUGAGCGACGACUGGUUGUGGACUGCAUGGAGGAGGUCCAUUUUCUUGCAGGCCAGGUGGGUGCGUCAUCAGGUGCGAUACGCGCCAUUCUGGGAGCACGUGGAGGAUAUCGUGGAGCUGAUGAUGCCUGUAAUGCAGCUGCUGCGACGUUUGGACAAAGGGGGGCGCGUGAUGACUCACAUGUGGUCGUGGGCGCUUGCCAUGGUCGAGAGAGUGGCGAGGGCGAGACUGAACAGGACGUCAACGGAGGAUCUCAACAUCAUUGUUCAGGCUUGUCAUGCGCGGGUCGAUCAUAUGUUGGAGCCCGCACAUUGCGUGGCCCACCUCCUCAACCCUCGCCACAGGAGCAUUACGUAUUUUGGAGCGGUGAGGCGUAACAAGCACGACAAAACACUCGUGGAGGAGUCGCUGCGAUACCUUCGCCAGCAGAUUGGCGGAGAUGAGGAGUUGUAUCAGACAUUGCGCACGCAGUUGGCGGAGUUUCUGAGCUGGGAGGGCGAUUGGACGUAUGGAAGGGUUGAGGGUGACAGGGACGCGGCCUCCUACAGAGGGGAGAAGGAGACGUCGCAGGUGGGCCAGUGGUGGGUUCAGCACGGGGACGGGGUCCCUCUCCUUCAGAGUUACCCCAUUCGCCUGACACACACAUGGGCGUGCGCCUCUCCAGCGGAGUGGAACUGGGCCGUCCAUGAGCGUGUUCAGGUGAAGAAGCAUAACCAACUUGGUUUCAUCAAGCUGGCUUGUUUGGUGGAGAUAUCCACCAACUUGAGAUUGAGUCGUUUUCAGGGGAGGGGUUCAGGGUACGUUCUGCCAUGGGAGGAUGCCGAGGAGGAGACAAAGGACAAUUUUCCUCCGCCUCGUGACGAGGGUGUUCGGCCAGCUGACCGAGUCACGGAGGCGAAGCGCGAGCGAAAGGUGCAGCGAGGGUGGAAGGAUCGCCUUUCGAAGGCUCCGCCCAGCGUCGAGACGUAUUUCGGUCGUCGCGCCACGGUGCUCAUGCCGACUGAGUUGGACGCCGUGUACGAUCCGGAGCCUGAUCCUAUGGCUCAGGACCCGAUUGAGGUGGAGCCGUGGUCCGAUCCACACGACCUGGCAGUGGAGUCAGACCCGGGAGAUUCUGAUGAUGGGGGCGACAAUGUUACUCUCGCCGAGAUGUUGUGUCCUCGGACGCGUGCUUCCACUGCAGCCGCUGCGCAGCAUCCCCCUCCCCCUCCACCUCCGCCCUCGAGUGCUCGUGGUUCCACUGCAGCCGCUACGCAGCAUCCCCCUCCCCCUCCACCUCCACCUUCGAGUGGUCAGGCUGGAGCCGUUCCGCAGCAUCCCCCUCCACCUACAGAUCGUCCAGGACAUGGCGAGCAGGGGACUCGGGAUAUUGUUGAGGAGGGACGUGAUGACAACGACGAUGUCAGAGAGGGGCACGAGGGCAGCAGUGAGGACGAGGAUGAUCCCGCCUAUUCCCCGACACGCGGACGUGGUGAUGACAACGACGAGGGCGGCGAUGGUACACAGGCUGCAAGUGGUUUGCAGAGGUCGGGUCGACAGCGUGCCGACCGAUGCAAUGGUGCAGGCAGGGGAGGCAGUGGUGCAGGCAGGGGCGUGGGGGGCGCACGAGACACGGGGGCUGCAGGCCGUGGUGGCGGAGGACGGGCGAGGCGAGAGUCUGCUUCGUCCACUCGCACUGUGCUCUGGGUCGAUGAGGGUGCCGCGACAGCAGAGGUUGGCGCCGGGUCGGCAGAGUUUGGUGGUGCUGCGUCGGUGCAGGCCGCUGCAGAGGCCGCUCCCUCCACUCCACAUUUCGCAGCGCCGUCUGAGGAGGUAGCAGGCGGGUUUGCUGAGGUUGCUGACGAGGCUGCACAGGUUGGGAGCGCUUCUUCGCAGUUGGGUGGCAGUUUCAGUGGUAUGAUGGAUGUUUCGUUAGGCUUUCCUGCGACACCGGCAGGCGAGCGUGGCAGUGGUGAUGCGGACGCAGCGACUACGCCCGUCACACAGAUACUCCGGGAUAUACCUUCAUGCAACAUGGGUGACAUCAGUAGCAGCAUGUUGCAGGAGGCAGCAGCGGGGACACAGGGUUCGUCGGGGCAGGAGGAGUGUGCAAGCGGAUGCUCGAGACGGGGCGGUGGUGGGGGUCAUCGUGAGACGGACGAUGCAGUGCUUGAGUGUGGCGAUGUGGGCGGUGGGGAUGCAGGCGAGAGACCCGCGUCGCCGGUUCAGGGUGUUUGUAUAUUACCUAUCGGUGGAGUCAUGACGGCGGGGGAGUUGGAUCGGCAGGCACGGGAGGACCCAUUGCAUGCAGAUCGACGUGGACGGAUGGAUAAGGCGUCGAGGAGGUUCAUGGCAGAGGGCCCAGCCUACGUGCCGUGCAGCCCGUCACUGCCAUCGUCCACCACUGGUGGCACGACCUCCGUGCAUGCUGAGGGUGCCACUACCGCACCGGCACCUGCAGAGUCUCCUUCUCCCAAAUCAGGGAAGAAGAAGAUGAAAGCAGGCAAGAGUCUCAGUACUGUGAGGAGGGUGACGCAUGCGAUGCGGGAGAGUCAACCCGGGUUGGCCGGUUUACAUCCGCGGACUCGGGAGGCGUUGGCCCGGGACGUUGUCGCGGACAGAGUAGGUUGGCGGGAGAGGGCCUCCACCCGGGCAACGGAGCAGCCCAUGACAGCACCUGCUGCGGCGGCGAUGCCACGUACUGAGGGGCACAUACGAGGUAGGGGGGAGGAGGCGGAGCACCGUGGCCCCCCCGGGAGGAGCAUGGCCGGACGUAUAUUGGGGGAGGAUGUGAGGACGGUGCCUGCGCAGCGACCGUCGCAGAUAGCAUGCGUUUUGGAGUCUGGUACCGAUGAUUUGGAGAUGCCUCUUGGCCAGCGGAGGAGGGCUUCCGUGUACGACCUUCUUCGAGCACAGCACGGGGUUGAGGCGGUGCCACAGGGGGGGGUUCAUGCUCCGAGUACUGCGCAUAGGCCGGUAGGCGGCACUGGUGGUGGCGACGGUGUUACAGGUGUGGCGACGCAGAGGAGGAGGAAGGACAUUGUGGACGACGAUGAUGCUUAGUCCCACCAUUAGUCCUUUUUCGUCCUGUAUUUCGUAGUAGUGUAUACUACAUUUAGUGCUUCGGAUGACGUGAUGUAUUCAUAGG